CCAAGGCGGUCAUCGCAUCAUCUCAGGCCACACGAUGGCAGAUGCAGCGCUUCUGUCAGCUCAACUAUAAGAUGGCACCUGUCGCGUCGCUGUCAGUUCAUGACACUAAGUUUCAACUCAUCAACAACGAAACUGCCAUCCGAUUCAGCAACUUUUCUUCUUUAGACCUGGUGUCAUCUUUAUUUAAGCUUAUCUCAAGUCUUUGUGCUCUGUUAUUUCACAUUUUCUCUCUCAAGAUACCUAUUUGGUUCAUCCAAAUCCACACAAAAUGUACGCCCAACAAGUUCUCGUCACUUUCCUGAUGGCCACCGGUGCCACUCUCGCUAGCGCAAGAAGCAUCGAAAGACGCCAACUGCUUGGAAACCUCGGCAGCCUUUCGUGCAACGUCGCAAGACUCCAGAUCCUAGGCGCCCUUGGCAACACCGAAGACGCCGUUUCCCAAAUCACCGACACAACAGUCCAGGACGCUGCCAACGCUGGUCUCCAACAAGCACGAGGUGGUAUCGCGCAGAUUGCAAAGUCCAUUGUCAGCGGCGAUGCGCCGCCCGCGGCCAGCCGUGACGAGGUAGCAGCUGGAUUGGCUGCGGCCGGUACUGCUCUUUCUGGGGGUGAUGCGAGCGACCAAGCCAUCGCUGAUGCGCAAGCGGGACUUGAUAAGUCUGUCAAGGCUGGUCAAGAUGUCGUUGCGAACUGCUAGACAGUAGAUAUUGGUUUGAAGGAGCUGAGCUCAGCAAAUGACGAAAAUGAGGC